UCCCUUCCACUUUAUUAUUUUCUUUAAUUACUCGUGAUAGUUGUAUAUAUGAAUGUGUGUAUAUAUGCAGUUAUUAAAAUAAUUUUAUAUUGGGUCUUUCUAAAAGCUACUGAUGUUUUUCCUUUUCUAAAUUUUUAGUCUCGUCAAUUUUUAAGGCGAUAAUCUCUGUAUUGCGUUGCAGCUUCGCAGAGAGUAAAUCAUCACUGAUAGGUAAUUGAUUAAAAAAAGCUAGCGACAAAAAUUGAUGAAGAGUGAUGUGUGAAACAUUCUUUAGAGAGUUUAAAGUAUUCAAAUUACUUAAUAAAUACCGCAAUUAUUUUUCAUAAAAAAGAUUAAAAUAUCUCACAGAAACUGGAAUAUUCGAAACACCGUCUCUCUUAAUUUUCCGCAAUAAAAUACAUGAUAAUACAAUCGAACAAGUAUUCCAAAGUACUUGCGAAUCGAACGAAUGGCGCUACGAUGGCCAUAUCGAUAAAAUAAAAGUGUCGCCCCACGUGUUUGCCGGGCCCCGUUCCUCGCAUUCUCCCUCUUCUCACUUAAAAUCUAGAUAAAAUCUAAAAAUUAAAUAUAAAUUCAUGAUUCAGAAAGAACCGUUCCCAUAUAUAUAUAUUCUACAAAAGGUUCGACAGGAAUAGCCACUACAGGUACGAAAUUGAUCGAUCGCCGACGUAAUCGAGUGGACGUCGACGACGCGGCGACGCUACUGCCAGCCACGACUACUGCCACGAUGGCCGAGGAGGCUGACACAAACGAUAACGCGGCGAUGGAAAGUAUAGCGCAAAACAUACUGGAGGUCAGUGCCGGAGGUGGUGGCUCGUCGUCCGCGGCCACCGAGGUGGGUGCGUUGCAUUUUCAGGCAUCGCAGGUGAUCGCGCGGCUCGAGCAGGCGGUGGAACAGGAAGCCGACGGCCACGGCGGCACCACGUGGAACAACCCUUCGGGAUUCUUGUCGCAACCGAAGGAACCGGACGAGAUAUUGGCGUUGAUACAGGACUUGGUAGUUCACGAAGACGCGCCGCAACCAGGCGAGGCAGAAUCCGCGGACGCACCGAUCAGUCAAAUCACAGCUCUACCAACUCUAACCGAGGCGGUGAAAUUGGCCUUAGUCACGCACACCGUUUCAGCUUACGCGGUAGCGCUACCAAAGUCACACGCGCAAAAGCUCGCCGGUCGUCUCGCGGCCGAUACGACGAGAUGGCUCAGUCACAUCUUCCGUUUCGUCGAUUGCGCGUCCUCCUUUCACGAAGAUCACCUGGAGGGAUUGGUCAGGGUGACGCGGCUCGCCUUACACCGAAAAUAUCCUCGAUACAUGGAGGAGGGCUUUACGGCUCUCGUGUCUCAGACUCCUUUAAUUUACAGCUCUGUCGCUGCACCUUUAGGCGUCGUUCAACACUUGUGCAGACAGCUCUCUCUGCCGCUUCAUUGUAUAAGACCAAUCCCACAUAACACUAUGUUUGGCUCGAGGCAUACCAUGGACGUUUCGGCAUUGGAGCGACGCUUAGCAGAGGACACACAAUCGAAUAAUGUGACACCAUUGUUGGUGCUAGCUGAAGCCGGUUCGGUAUUGACGGGUCAUUGCGACAAUAUUACACGAUUACGAGCGAUAUGCGACAAGUACAACGUCUGGCUACAUCUCAGAGGACAUUCACUAGCUGCGCUCGCGUUGAAUAACUCAACAAAAGAUUUGCCAUCAAAGAUAGCGGACAGCAUUACAUUACCACUUGGCACCUGGUUAGGUAUACCUUCGCUACCGGUAGUUACAUUGUAUAGAUUAGCAGAUAUUAAAGGAGGAAGGCCUACUCCGAGAGACACUACUCUAUCGCUAAUCUCAGGAUUAAUGGCAGAUUCACUAUCGAGAAGAUUGCCAACUUUACCCUUGUGGGCCGUUCUGCAAGCUCUAGGUCGAGAUGGAGUAUACAACAGAUUUAGAAGAUGUUUCUUGGCUGUGGAAGAAUUGUACAAUAAGAUUAAAGAGUUCUCUUGCAUUAGAAUAUUGAGCCAGCCACCAGGCGGUGAAACGGAGUCUUAUACUUUAAGCGAAUAUCUCGCAAACAAUCCUGUAAACAAUUUACAAUUAUUUGAAGUUGUAGCGAGCGCCUUAGUUUUCCAAUUUGUACCGGCGCACAAGGAUCUUCAAGCCAUGGAGCGCGUAUUACCCUAUUACGACAAAUUAAAUUCCUGGUUGGGACAGAUUCUUCAGAGGGACAUUGACAAUGUACAAAUAGAACUUUGUGAUAUAGAACAGUGUGGAGUCGCGAUUCGGAUCUGUCCGUUGGAAAAUCCCGAUCAGCCACCUACAACCGAAGAUAUAGAUAAUCUAGUGACCUGUCUUGAACAACAAAUAGAAAUAUUACUAGCGACAGUGGAACACAAAGACACCUUCGUACGUUUAGUCUCAGAGAAUGAUUCUUUACAUUUAGUGGAAAUGCCGGGUUGGGCGGGUUUAGGAGGUGUGCGUUACGCUCCGCCUACUUGGAUUCAUGUUAUGACCGAUCAGGCAAGGGAAGAACUAAACAAACUAAAUAUGCAAUUGGUCGAAACGCUACGCAGCACGGACGCCGCAUUUUCUCUUGGAGAAGGCGCAGACGGUUUGGCUUGCGUACGAUUUGGCAUGGUAACGCAAGACACGGACGUUGCCGAACUAUUAUCCUUAGUUUUGCAAGUUGGCCAAGAAGUUGAAGCUAGUUCUAAAAUGAUGGAUACCAUCUCUGAAGUGGUUAAGAGAGGUAUUGAGACGGCACAAACCGAUCUCGAGAGGGAAAAUGCAGAGAAAUUGUGGCAAGAGGGUAUUCUUAGGCAUGUUCCCGUAGUGGGAACUUUUGUCAAUUGGUGGAGUCCUAUUUCGAAGGAGACGGGCGUUCGCGGUCGUAGUUUAAAUUUGCAAGCUGGUAUUGUAGAGAGUACGGAAAAUAUCUACAAAUACCAUAUGCAACUGCAACCUAAUUUCGCGAACAGCAACGGUUCCGGUGCUAGAACUCCGCCCCAACCGCUAGUGCAAACACCAGUCGGUGCUAAUAGUCAGAGCCAUAGUCGAUCGUCCAGUCAUUCUAGCCUACAGAGUGGUAAGAGCGUGCCUCUGCUAAAUAGUGCCAGCUUUCAGCCCCAAGUGAAGGAAGAGUCGGGGCAAACAUUGAAGUCGUAGUAAACAUUUUUACCGAUAUGAUACGCAUCAAGAGCACAUUUCCAAGUCAUCGUUAAACUUGGCAUAAGAGCGAUGUUACCUUGAACAUGAAAUGCUAAGAUGUUUCCCACCUCCAGGUAUUCUUUAUAUCUGCAAAGUAUUAGACCGUAAUCUAUAGAACUUAUUUGCUCGAUAAAACAAAGCGCGCGCGACAAUUUAACUUUUUCUUACUGCUAAUACUUUCGACUAACUGUUUCUCACUUUUUCACGUAAUAUCUCCACAGAUUCUCUUUCACAAGUUUCGCUAUUAAACGAUUAUAUUUUCGCUAUUAAACGAUUAUAUUUUCGCGAUUAUAUUAAACGAUCGCUACUUAAUCAUGGGGUGGUCCAUGUACUUACUAGACUGAGCUACACGUAGCGAUGUUACUUUUAUAAGUUCACACAUAACAAUUUUACUCUGUAAUAUCUGUUAACGCGUCAAAUUUGUAUGCGUAUUCGCAACUCGUUUUGAUCCUUCGGCAAUCAGUUUUGCGUUUAUUUUCCUCGUGACAUGUCUUUUUAUUCCGGUUAAUAGCGGUCCAGCCACAAAGUUGCAGAAAUAAAUACGAAUCUUGACGCAUAUUGCAUACAACAGAUAGAUUCAUGAUGAAUCCAUGAAGAAUAAAUGCGAAUUUUCUCUCCAUUCAAGGCGAACUGCGAAUAAGUACACAGUCUAGCUUUAUGAAACAAUUUAGAACAAGAUCAUUUUCUUUUCUAAUUAGUUAUUUUCUGCUUUUCCUUCUCUAUAUAUAUCUUAUUAAUAUCAAUUUACUUGAUAAAGUAUUUUUUUUUAUAAGAUGUUGCAAUAAAAUUAUUUAUUGUUAAAUAUAGUAAAGUUUUAUAUAGAACAUAUAUUAGACACUCUUUACUCAUUACGCUAUUCCAAAAGAUGUUUAUGUUGUUUCUUUUUUAUCAUCAAAGUCAUUUAAAAGUUUUCCCUUUAUAUUUGAUAAUUUUUAUUCCCUUUAAAUUACCAAUCUCUAAAUCAUAAAUCUCAGAUUCAUUCGUUAAAUUUCAACCUUUCAUAAACACAACACUGUAAUUAAAAUGUAAUAAGGAAGCUUUCUUUCUCUUUCUCCUCUCUCUAUGUAUAUUUGUAUCUUUUAUGAGAGAUUAUGAACAAUAGGUAUUUGUAUAUGAAAAUAUUACAAGAAAAAUGUUCUGAAGGUAUUCGAAAGGUGUAAGCAAUGACUCGCCAAAGAAAAAACUUAUAUUCCCAUCUAAAUAAAAUAGAAAAAAAUGAUUUAUAUAUUAUUGCUCUUGUAUUAUGUAAUCGAUGAUGAAAUCAAGAUAAAAUAUUGCAAUGAUUAACGAUAAGAUCAAGUAAAAUGUACUGCGCAAUUAGGAGAUAUUCGUAAAUUGUUGAACAAUAUUGAAGAUGAAAAGAAAUCAAGCAGUAUGUAUAUUUAUGUACCAAAAUUGUUGUAAUAAAGUAUUGCUAAUGACUAUAAAAUAUUGUAAUAUAGAGAA